AGUGUAGCGAUUAAAUUGGGAUGGAGUGAGUACGCCACCAUAACCAAUUAGCCGUGUGCUACCACUAUGGCAAUUUUCUACCAAAGAUUGGAUUGUCUUGCCUUACUCCUACCUUGCUAACCAGCCAAAAGAAGUAAAAACAGAGUUUUAUUAUGUUGUUUAAGUCACUUUCAAGAUAACGACAAAAGAGCACAUUGUUGCACAACUUAUAAAUUUAGUGCUUUUUGAUGGGAUAAUCCUGUCUCAACUCUCAAUCAAGUCACAAUCACUUCACAAAAAGUAAACAAUAAACAAAGUUUUUAGUCCAACUCAAAAUCAACCAAAUCAAGAAGUGGGGUCAGAAGAAAUCAGACUUGUAUAUAAAGCUCUUAGCCACUGGCCUUUAAAUUUGUAAAUUCCAUAACAUAAUCCUUUGAUAGUUCACUAAAAAUAGUUCUCAUUCUCCUAUCAAUCUCUAAAAUAUCCAUACUUAAAAGCAAUUCAGUCAUGGGGAAUUGCUUAAGAUCACAAGGAAAACUAGUACAGGUUGCGAAACCCGAUGGUAAGAUACUCGAAUACAAAGCAUCCAUGAGAGUAAUCGACGUGUUGUCAGAAUUCCAGGGACAUGGACUGUCAGAUAAUCUUCCAGUCCUGCAAUAUAUGAAGCCAAAUAUCGAAUUGGUGGCGGGUCACCUAUACUAUCUUACACCUCUUCCAGUUCAAUCUCCAAAGGUUAAAAAGAAGGUAAGGUUUGCUGAACCAGAAAAAGUGAAAGAAAGUAAGAGCGAAGACAAAAGUUUAACCAUAAAGUUGGUCAUCAGCAAGCAAGAGCUGAAGGAGAUGCUAGAAAAAGGUGCUGUCUCACUGGAUGAACUAGUUUCAAAGCCACUGAAUGAUAGGUGUCGGACUGAGAAGUUCGAUGAGCAGAGUUAUGGAAGCAAGACAUGGAUGCCUGCUUUAAGAAACAUACAUGAAGUAGACUAAUACAAACUGUUUCCAUAUAUUUUGUUUCAACACCAUACAAUCUAACAUAUUAAUACAAAACAUUCUGUUAGCUAGUAUUCUUA